AUGGACGGUCCAUCCGAAGUCUACCUCCUGGGUCGCGAUCCCAAGGAAUCAGCCAGACUCAAUGCCCAGCACGACUUCCUCAUCAACCUCAUCGGCGCCUCGCAAGUCCACUCGUCUAUCCCUACCGACUCGAUCACCAGUGUAGCCGACAUCGCCACAGGAACUGGAAUAUGGCUCUCAACCCUCGACAAAUCCCUCCCCCCUCCCCCCCCGAAAUCCCCCCGCUACUUCCACGGCUUCGACAUCUCGCCUGAGCAAUUCCCCCGCGAAAACGACGUCUCUCCAACCCGUACCAUCCGUCUCUCUGUGCAUAAUAUCUGCGAGCGCUUUCCCGAAGAGCACCGUGGUCGGUAUGACCUUGUGCAUUUGCGCUUGCUGGCUGGGGCGUUGAAGGAGGCGGAUUAUGCUGUUGCUGUGAAGAAUGUGUGCGAGUUACUCAAAAAAGGAGGCCACCUCCAAUGGGACGACUGCGACACAACAGCCUUCACGACCACCCCCUCCACCCCCCAAGUCACCCAAAUGCGCGAAAUCAUCGCCGACGGCGUCUGCCAGCUCGGCCUCUGCGACACCGCCCCCCAGCGCGUCGAGAAGCUGCUCCGCGCGCAGGGCGUCUUGGUCGACAUCCGUCGCGAGGUGUUCUCCACUGUGGACAAACCUGGCUUGCAUGGUGUUGCCCGCGUGUGGCUGGUGGAGGUGCUGCGCUCGUUACUGCCGAGGUCGUUGUUGGCGGGGGGUGAGGUGUCGAGUGAGGAGGAGGCGAGGCGGAGGACGGAGGGGCUUGUGGGGGCGUUGGAGGGGGCUGUGGGGGAGACUGUGCCGGUGGUGAAUUUGCAGGUUGUUGUUGGGAGGAAGGACUGA